AGAUGCGCGGCGCAUUCAACAACUGCGCGAGGUCUGUCUUAUUGUCCUCGUUCACCCCAAAAUCAGUGUAUCAUCCGGUACCUGCAUUGCAACCAACGCUGGACCCGUAAGACGGUGUCUCUCGAUGGAGCCAUGCAUGGAUGAACGAACGUCUGGGCAAAACGGGUUCGGACAAGGCCAACGUAGUACGGUGCAGGGCAGCCCGCCAUGGCCGGCCGUUAUGCCUUCGCUGAGGGGAAUUCAUGAUUGGAACCUCUCUUUGACCUCGGAGACGAUUCAAGGUUCUGACAGUGAUUUGUGCCAUCCUGUCCGACGUUACCAUUGCCGUUGUGCGCUCGGUGUCGUCACAUGGUCUCUGUGCUGCUCUCCACAUCUAAGGGUGGGGGGGCUCUAGCGGCAAGCUCUUUGAUGUGAGAUGGACCUCGAUAUGGACGAAAGCAGCACCUCGUUGUCGUUAAAGUUUGCGCAUUCGUCCCGCUUGAACGGCACGGAUGACGGCCAUGCCAGCCAAACCCGCUUUCCCUCUGACGAUCUGCGAGAACCCCCGACAAAGUUUCGAGCUGGCAGUGCGGGAGCUACUGCGUACGCACAACUAGCUGGUUGAGAUGGG